AUGUCAAUUUAUGAGUAUGAAGAGUUUAUUAUAGGAUUCAAACAAGAUGUUCCUCUUGUAUUUUUUGAUGAAAAUAAUGAUCCUAAUCGUAACCAUGGUAAAGCAGUGACGCGUACUUGUGAGCCAAGAUUGACACUAAAAGAAGUGUUGAGGGCAUCAGGUGGAGUUAUGGGAGAAAGUCAUUUAGGGAUGACUGAAAAAAUUGUGCUUUUAAAAGGGAAAAUUUGUGCUUUAAAAAGAUUUAGAAAAGUUAUUUUGAAAAAGAAUGAAUUUGGGAGAAAAAUUGAGAAGUUUGCUAGGGUUAGUAGAGAUUGCAAACAACUUGUUCCAAUCACAGCUUAUUUAUAUUCAAAGAGGAUCAAAUUUGUUGUUUGUGAUUACUACCCCAUGGGAAGCCUUGCUGAUUUACUUGCUGGAGCAAGGAAUCUAGGUCAAACGGCACUAGAAUGGAAACAACGUUUAAAAAUAAUUGUAUGCAUUGCUCAUGGCAUUGCAUUCAUCCACUCACAAGAUCCACCAAAAGAUCAAAAGGAUAUACAACUAAAUGUUCAUGGCAAUGUCAAGGCAUCAAAUGUCAUGAUCAACAUCGAUUUCACCGCCUGUCUAUCUGACUAUGGCUUCAUGCAAUUAGCUGAGAGGACAGAGUUUUCUGAUACCUGGCAAAAAAAUCCGCCCCCACUUGAUGAUCAAUAUGCAUAUUGUGAAAUGUUAAGCCAAAAAAAUGAUGUGUAUAACUUUGGGAUUAUUUUGUUGGAUAUAUUAGGAAGAAAGCUAUGGAUGAUGAAAUUAGAAGAAAUGGGGAAUGGGGAGUUUGAGUUUUUUGUACAAGGCAAAGAAAGAAAACAAGUUUUAAAUGUAUUAAACAUAGCUUUGAAAUGCAUAAAUAAUGAUCUAGAGGCAAGGCCUACAAUGGAACAAAUAGUAAUAUACCUAGGAGAUGUAUUGAGGGUGAAAAAUUACUCGAAUUAGUGUUAUUUUAGUGUGAACGAUAUACAUAUAUCUAUAUAUAUUGAUAUUAGGAGAGUCUUUUCGUCGUGUAUGCUUUGAAGCAUGUAUUACAACGUCUCAUUCCCGAGCAAAUUGGAAUAAGAUAUGCUUUGAAACAUAUACGAUGAAAAGUAGCUUGUAGAAUUUGCUCAACAUUUUUUUGUUGAUUGUCGACUUGUUCAGCUGAUUUCAAGAAAUUUAUGUCACGCAACAUAAUAGAUGUAUGCUUUAAAACAUGUUUGAAAACUUUUGAGUUAUUUAAAUAAUAUUUUUACUAUUAA